UUUUAUUCACCUAUCCUUGGCUAUUUGAUGGAGGAAUUCAUUUUUAUCCUUCAAUUAGGCAGAUUUUCUUCAAAUAUAAUCGAGGAUAAUUACAAACUCAAAUUGAGUAUGAGAAAUAUUACAGACCACAGAACUGGCAAAUGGGAUUUGUAUGCAGUAUCAACUAUUUAUGAGCGUUAUGGAGAAUUUAGAAGAGGGGCUGUAUGGGCCAAAAUUCUUGUUCCAAAUAUUCCUGUUCAAAACGGAGUUGUGCAUAUUGUUGAUAAUGUUCUUGGGAUAGUAACUAACACAAUUGAUCAGAUGCUUAUGGACAAUUAUAGAUGUACAACUUUAAUGAGAAAUUACAUGUCAGCAACUGGAGGUCUUGUCACAUUUUUUGCUCCAUGGAAUGAGGCUUUUGAACGUAUUCCUGAACCAAUUGAAAGAAGAUUGUUGAGGGAUAGAAUUUGGCUGGAACAAGUUCUUAAAUUGCAUAUUGUCCCAGCAAAGGAAUUGGUUAGUGAAGAAAUUACAAAUGAUACAAUAAUUGCUACAGUGGACAAUAUGAGACAUUUAGGAGUUUUUUGGCCAGAUAGAUUAGGACCGACAUCCUCCGCUUGUGAAGUCCAGCAUCACCUCUCCGCAAGACCCAACAUUUUAUCCAACUCAUACCCUACUUGCUGGAUAACAACUUACAGACUUGUGAACAUAACCGAAAACAACCUAUCAAAAUUUAUUUUAUUUAAAAACAGAUAUUUUUCAAAAACUGAAUGGCCUAAAAAUAAUAUAACUUAUUAUGUUAUUGGUGGAGGAAUUCGGACAGCUAUUCAAAUGGAGGAUGUGACAGCAACAAAUGGAAUAAUUCAUUACAUUGAUAGAGUAUUGGGUGUUCCCUAUCAGUCCCUCUGGGAAGUACUUCGUAAUGAAACUAGAGCCCAUCAAUCUAUGGAAAUGCUAAAUAAUUUACAGCUCAAAUACACUCUCGACCCGUGGCAAGUGCUUACUCCAGAACAGAAUAUGACCUUCUUUGUGCCGAUUGAUGAGGCUUGGGAUAAGGUCAGCCCGUCAAUGAAGAAUCGAUUACUUGACGGAAAUCACUGGCAAGCAUUGCAAUAUGUUUAUAAGCGGCACAUUCUCCAAGGACAGGCACUUAUGUAUACAGAUUUGCGUGAGAGAACUUAUGUGAUGAUGAAUGAUGAGAAAGUGAUUAUUAGACGGCGUGGCAGAUAUUUUGAACUUUACUGGCCGAGAGGUAAUCGAGUGGCAAGAAUUAUUGAAGGGGGUGAAAUUGCUGGAAUUAAUGGAUUUAUGCAUUUAAUAGACGGGGUGCUUGUUUAUGAACCAGAUCUUCGAGCUGGUUCUGCAAUUGUAUUAAUUGACAAUCAAUUGUUGUUAUUUUUUAUAUUUUUAAUUUUAUUUUGGUGA